UCAGCGCUUCAUCCCCAACUCCGUCCUCUCCGCUCGCACGCCGCCGGACAACGGCACAACCCCGCGGUAACGACACACUCCAUCUGUACCCACUCGCCGGCGGUGUCAGCAGAUAUGAACGCCGCCCACCGCCGAACAAAUCCAUGUGUUACUGCCCUAAUUUCUCGCGCGACUUCGCUUCGCGACGGGAGGAAAUAGGAACGGAGAGGGAUUGGCCACGGCGGCCAAUGGCGGCGGCGACAGGUCACCCGCCACCCGCGCUUGGCCGGCCCCACCAUCGCCAUCUUCAUCGACGCGCAAGAGGAUCUGGCCCUCCAGUGACGGCGCGGCGUCGUCGACGGGAUCUGCGGGCCGCGGCGGCGGGCCCCGAUUCCCCAGUCCCCACGGCAACCAGCUGGCCAUUCCUGCUUCCCGGGCCAUCGCGUUGGCACCCCACCAGCGUGCCUCAGGUCGGAGUCGUCCCAACUCCCAACAGCACGGACGUUGCUCCAACCCUCGGAUGCACUUUUGGGUUCACAAGUUAGAAUCCGCCGAGAUUCCACCCAAGUCCAAGAUUCCACCGCUGGAACGCGCGCGGUAUGUCAUAUUUUAUCUCGUCGAUCACUCAAAGCCUCAAAAGUCAAGCAUUGUCAUCAUGUCAUGGGUGGGCAGGCGGAUGAAAUCGCAUCGAAAGUCAUGGGUUUGACGGCCAUAAUCAUGUAGAGAAAUGCAGAUAACAGCUACUGAUGCAAAUAAUACUGGCUGACACUAACGCGAGAGCUGCGGGACAUGUAUUGUAUUGCAGGCUUGCAACUUCUUGGAAGAUUAACUGCCAUAUUAUGUAACUAAGUGUUGUUCUCUCUGAUCGAAGGAGGACCAGAAUUCAAACUUCGGUAGGUAAGCUGGUGGGCACUUUGUAGAACAGUGCUGGAGGAUGCACCUAUAAGCCGCCUAAGGCUAUAACCAUUCUUCUUCACCAGGAGUAAGAAGGGUCGCUGACUAUGGAGGAGUUAACCUCCAGCCACAUCCUCAGCCUUCUUCUCUGCUCGUUCUUAGCCCUUUCUCCCAUAGCCUUUGCUGCUGAGGUCACUGACACGCUCGGCAAGGGCCAGAAUGUCAGUGAUGGCGAGACACUCGUCUCAGCCGGUGGGUCAUACACCCUGGGGUUCUUCUCCCCUGGGGUGGCUGCCAAGAGAUAUCUUGGUAUAUGGUUCACCAUGUCCGAGGACGUCGUCAGUUGGGUAGCCAACGCUGACCGUCCUCUCACUGACGCUUUUGGGGUGUUGGUGAUCAGUGGCACCGGAAGCCUUCUCCUGCUGGAUAGCUCCGGUCAAGUCGUGUGGUCUUCAAACACGACGGGCACCGGCUUCAUGACAGCGCAAUUGCUCAAUUCGGGCAACCUAGUCUUGAGCGACGGAAGCGGAGGUGCCGCCAUGUGGCAGUCGUUCGAUCACUUGUCGAACACGCAGCUUCCCGGCAUGAAGAUCGGCAGGAACCUGUGGACCGGUGCAGAGUGGCGGCUUACGUCGUGGCGUUCGCUGAACGACCCUUCCCCAGGUAACUUCCACUACACGACCAAUUUGGAAGGCGUGCCGCAAAACGUUCUCUUGGACGGUGAUAAAGUGAUAUACCGCACCGGACCAUGGAACGGCCAAUGGUUCAGCGGUGUCACGGAGAUGGCCACAUAUUCUGACAUGUUUGCCUACCAGUUGACAAACACCCCAAGCGAGGUAACCUACGGUUAUGUCGCCAAGCCUGGAGCACCCUUGUCACAUCUACUGCUCACCCACGACGGAGUAUUCCGGCGCCUAGUGUGGGAGCCGAGCAGCCGAGCAUGGAAGGUCUUCUUCCAAGGGCCGAGGGACAUCUGCGACGACUACGGGAAGUGCGGCGUAUUUGGUAUGUGCAAUGCCAAUGCGCCGUCGACGUCAUUCUGCAGCUGCAUCAAGGGGUUCAGCCCGACGUCUCCGGUGCAGUGGAAGAUGAGGGGCACCUCCAGUGGAUGCCGCCGAAACGUGAUGUUGGACUGUGGCAAUGGAACUUCCACCACAGAUGGUUUCGUGGUGAUGCACGGAUUGAAGCUUCCCGAUACGCGCAAUGCGUCGGCGGAUGCAAGCAUCACGUUGGAAGAAUGCAGCGCGAAGUGCCUGGCGAACUGUUCAUGCCUAGGCUAUGCAGCAUUAGAUAUCCGGGGAGGAGGCGUUGGAACUGGGUGCAUCAUCUGGAAAGAUGACCUCAUGGAUCUGCGGUAUGUAGAUGGAGGACAAACCCUCUAUCUAAGAUCUGCCAAGUCUGAAUUAGCUGAGGUGCGGUACCCAGCAUUUCCAACUGGGCUUAUUAUUGGUGCAUCAAUAGCCUCCCUUGUCAUGGUUCUCUUUGCUCUUUGGUUGUUCGCUGUUGUGAGGAGACGACGACGGGAAUCAAGAAUAUCAGUAGACAAUGCCCAGGGAGGUGCAAAUGGGGCUGGUGCUGAUACUCGCUCCAAUCCUGCUUUGACUGUCCAGUCCGUCCGUGCAGUUGGUCUUCCUACUAUAACAGAGGCUACAGGAAAUUUCUCUGAAGCAAAUAUCAUCGGUGAGGGCGAAUAUAGUGUCGUCUAUAAGGGGCAGCUACACGAUGAUACAAUAGUUGCUGUGAAGAGGCUGAAACACUAUCGUCUUACUAAUAAAGGCAGGGAACAUUUCUCAAGGGAAGUGGAAAUGAUGUCAAAGCUCAUGCAUGCCAAUCUUGCUAAGCUCCUCUGCUAUUGCCAGGAAGGAGAUGAGUGGAUAUUAGUCUACGAGUGGAUGGAGCGCCAGAGUUUGAAUCUCUACGUUUUUGGGGAAGAAAAUGGAUUCCGUUUCUCACUGAAUUGGGGGCAAAGACUGGGAAUAAUUCGUGGGAUCGCCGUAGGUGUUAAAUUUCUUCACGGAGAAGGAUUCAUCCACAGGGAUCUAAAACCUGGCAAUAUACUUGUCAGUGACACGUGGCAUCCCAAAAUAGCGGACUUUGCCACCGCGAAGCUGUUUAUCGACGAGGAGACAAAUCCGACAUUAGUACUGACGCCGGGAUAUGUCGCUCCGGAGUAUUCAUCGGAAGGGGCCCUGACGUACAAGUGUGAUGUAUAUAGUUUUGGAGUCCUGUUGUUGGAGAUAGUCAGUGGAAAAAGGAGAACAAGCAUUCAAACUUUCCUUCUUCAUGCCUGGGAAUUGUGGAAUCAACGCAAGAUCAGGGAGCUUCUUGAUCCACAAGUGGGUGAACCUAGAGGCGAGGUCUUGUCAGGGCUAGCCAGAUGCAUCCAGAUUGGCCUUCUCUGCGUGCAGCAUUUGCCUGAGCACAGGCCUUCAAUGCCUGAAGUUGUGGCAAUGCUAAGCGGCACCGGCUCACAGCUCCCUACGCCAUGCAAACCCACACCAAACAGCGGAGCAGUACCCGGCACACAACCCGGACCGAGGCAGACCUUCUUACAGUGGCUAUUCCACUCAUGUGGCCGUGACUUCGCGAGCCCACGCAUGGUAGCUACGGUGUAGUGCUUCGGUCUAUGAGGGCGAGGCAGUGGCAGUGCAACUGAAGUAAGCGUAAAUUUUACUACCAGUCCGGACGUCGCGGCCUGAAAUUGACGUUUUAUUUUUGUACUUUUAACACUGGGUAUCUCCAUCAGACUAUCACCUUCAUAUUCCUUUCUGGAUUUGUGCUUGUUCGAACCACGGCAAGUUUAUCGGAAGUUUUGUUAUGAAAACAAUAAUUGACACA